AUGGAAGAGUUGAAUGCGGAACUGUUGAUGUGCAGUGAGGAAGAGUACGAAAUAAUCGCGCAAUUUACAAUGCACGCUCCUUUGCGCGUGACAAAUGUAUGCACUUAUUCAACUCUCGCACUGCCGCACCCAUUAUCCGAGUCCCUGAAGAUGUACCGGAUAUGUCAGCCGGAAGAUGUAAUCUGUGGCUCCGGACUCUGUGUGCCGGCGGAAAAGCGCUGUGACCGACACUACGACUGUCGGGACAAGAAGGACGAGGAGGACUGUAAUGGCGCCAUCGCGUGUCACCUCAACGAGUUCGCUUGCGCCGAUCACUCCAAGUGCUUGGACGAAUCCAAGAAGUGUAAUCAUGACUACGACUGCCCCGACCAGAGUGACGAGAAGGAUUGUAUUAUAUUGGAUAAAUGGGAAUCCGAUAACAAAAAUAAUGAGCUGUGUAGUAGAGCCUGGAAGUGUGACGGGCCAGCGUCCACGGAUAGGGUUGUCUGUUUGAUGAAUGCACGCUGGGCUGAUCUGUGGAACGAGCUGCGGUUUGACCUUUUGGGUCGGGGAGAACACGCGUUAAUCGUCGCUGUGCUUACGUGGCUCCUUUCUGGCGUUGUCCGUGAAAAUCCGCUCAAAGCUCUCUGUCCGAAAUUCGAGAAGCUGUCGACUCAUUUCCCUCCAUGUCACGAUGGGCAGUUCCAGUGUGGAAAUGGCCAAUGCAUCCCGCUCAAAUGGCGCUGCGAUGGGUACAAAGACUGCAAAGAUCGCACCGACGAAGACAAUUGCACCCGGACCGUAUGUCAGAGCGGGAAAUUCCAAUGCCCGACCGACAAGCAGUGCAUCGACGAAGACCUGGUCUGCAAUGACGUGCGCGACUGCUCCGACGGAGCUGACGAAAAGGGAUGCUCGGACGAAAAAUGUGGGCUCUGUGAAUACAAAUGCCGGAAGUCUCAGGAAGGCGGGGACUGUGUCUGUCCCGAGGGGAAAGUACUCAAUCCGGAAGAUUUGCUUUCCUGUAUCGAUCGCAACGAGUGCGAAAAGUGGGGAUUUUGCGAUCAGAUUUGCCACAACACGUACGGAAAUUACUCCUGCUCGUGCGUAGACGGUUAUAAGCUGGACAUUACCGGGAAACGCUGUCUUGCCGUGAACUCCUCGUCAGCCGAGAUAUACUUCGCCCAUUGGGACACCAUGUUCCGCGCCAACAUCGACGGUACGAAUCUCCGAGUGGUCUCCGACUCCUCUGACAUUGUCGGUUUAGACUACCAUUUGGAGAAACAGUACCUCUUUUGGUCCGACAAGAAGUUGAAAAAGAUUUACCGAGCGCAGCUACCGCAGGCUGGUUCGAAAGACCUGGCGGAUUUAAAGCAAGAGAUUAUGCUUCCGAUUGGAGCAAACUCGACUUCAUCCCUCUGGUUCCCUGAGGCGAUCGCUGUCGAUUGGAUCGGAAACAACUUGUAUGUUGCCGAUUCCGUCGGUCAGAAAAUCGAAGUGUUCGCUUUCGACGGACGGUUUUACGCCAUUGUCCUGGGUCACAAUCUCACGUCGCCGCACGACAUCGCUUUGGACCCGACGGAAGGGUACUUGUUCAUCAGUGAUGGAGGGAGAAUCGUACGUGCUCACAUGGAUGGUAGUUUCUUGCGGGAAAUUGCUAAGGAUGGAAUUUUCAAAGCAUCAGGUUUGGCUGUUGAUCUCGCCACUAAACGUCUUUUCUGGUGUGACUCAUCUUCGCAUCACAUUGAAACAUCAUUGUACGAUGGAUCACAGCGUUCCAUCGUUCUGCGAGGAAUGAAGGACGUGCCGUCUCCAAGUCGACUGACUUUGUUUGAGAAGGACUUGUUUUGGAGCGAUGCGACCAAGUCCGGUAUCCUAAGGACUGACAAGUUGCAUCCAUCGAAGGAAAACGCUUUUUCCGUCGUCUAUCAAAAUAGGUCCGUCAAUCACGAUCCCGUCGGCCUGAAGGUCGUUCACAACUUACUUCAGCCGUCAGUUCCAAGACCAUGCGGCGACAACAAUGGCGGUUGCGAGCACAUGUGUAUCGUAACGAGGAACGCGGCAGACAACGGUUUGGGGUACCGAUGCGCCUGCAACAUCAAGUACCAGCUCAGCCCCGACCGGAAGCACUGCACAGAGGCGAGGAAUUUCUUGCUUUAUUCGAAGCAGAAAUUCAUCAAGGGCGUCGUAUUGGACCCAGUUGAGGCUGGUUUCAAUGACGCCAUUCCGCCGCUCGUUUCGAAAACGGCCAGAUUUGUUGGCCUGGAUUUUGACGCGCACAGCCAGUACAUCUACUACUCCGACGUGAUCCUCGACGUCAUCCACCGUGUGAAAAUCGACGGCUCAGGUCAAGAGAACGUGCUUGCAGCGAACAAUGAAGGCGUGGAGGGACUGGCACUGGACUGGAUAGCGCACAAUUUGUAUUACAUUGACAGCAGACAAGGCACGUUGAACGUGCUGUCGACGAAAAACCCGCAAUGGAGAAAGACUCUGCUAAGCAAUUUGAAACGGCCCCGAGCCAUCGUCGUGCAUCCGAACAGAGGGUAUCUCUUUUACUCCGAAUGGGAGCGACCCGCAAACAUCAGCCGAGUGAAUUUGGACGCUUCUGGCGUGGUUGUGUUUCAAAAGUUGAUCCUUGGCUGGCCCAACGGCCUUGCGAUCGACUACGACGAGGAUCGGCUGUACUGGUGCGAUGCUCUUUUGGAUCACAUCCAACACUCCAAGCUGGAUGGCUCUGAUGUCCACACGGUUUACACCACGCUGAUCCGUCACGCCUUUUCCCUGGUUGUUUUCGAAGAGUGGCUGUACGUGACUGAUUGGCGGUUGGAUGCCAUUGUGAAAGUGCAGAAGAAGACUGGCGAACGCGAGAAAGUGAUUGAAGAAGUCGAACAAAGCAACCGGCUUUACGGCAUCAAGAUCUUCAGCUCUAAGGCUCAGCGGACCUUCUGCAUUGCAGAUCCGAACUUCAAAGACAAUGGCACCAGAUGCAAUAAGUCGUGGGAGUUCCGUUGUGAUAACGGUCGCUGCAUUUCGAAGUCGUUUGUUUGCGAUGGAGACAAUGACUGCUUCGACGGGUCUGACGAAAACAACUGCACUGACGUUACUUGCGACUCUGGUUUUUUCAAAUGCGGCAAUGCGAACGGACGUUGCGUACCGGCGUCGUACCGCUGCGAUGGCGUGAACGACUGCGGCGAUAGCUCGGACGAGCUGGACUGUCAGAACACAACAUGCGGGCCGAGCGAAUUUGCUUGCAAGAAGAUUCACCAAUGCAUCUCUGAGGAUUGGCGCUGCGAUUCCGAGAAAGACUGCGGCGAUGGGACUGACGAGCUUGACUGCGAACAGAAAACUUGCGCGUAUUUUCAAUUCACAUGCCCCACGUCAGGAAAUUGCAUCUCUCAGGGUUACCGGUGCGACGGAGAGAAGGACUGUCCUCACAACGAGGAUGAAGAAAAUUGUCCUCCGAUCACGUGCACGGCCGCGCAAUUCAAGUGCGCGAAUUUGAAGGAGUGUGUUUUGGAAACGUUCAAGUGCGAUGGCAUCAAGGAUUGUGCCGACGGCAGUGAUGAACUUGGAUGUCCUUCCGUCGCUCCAAAUCAAUGCAAUGCGGAGAAGUAUUUCACGUGUGAAACCUCCAAGGUUUGCAUUCCAAAGAACUGGUACUGUGAUGGAACCGAUGAUUGUACGGACAGCAGUGAUGAGCCGGAUACAUGUGGCGAGAUACAAUGCGGGGAGAGUCAUUUUAAGUGCAACAACUCCAAGUGCAUUCCAAAGGCGUGGAUUUGCGACGGCGAGGAUAACUGCGGUGAUGGCAGUGACGAGGAUUCGCGACACGCCUGCAAACUGCUGACGCCGCACUGUGAUAACGACGAAUGGUCGUGCCCCGGAGUUUCCGGAGGCUGUGUUCCCAUGAAAGCUGUGUGCAAUGGAACUGAGGAAUGUCCGAACGGCAGCGAUGAAGGUCCUGGGUGCACAACGAGCCACUGUGACGAUAAUUGCUCUUACAAAUGCAUUUUAACCCCGACGGGCGCCCAGUGCAUUUGCCCGCCCGGUAUGGAGUUGGCUGCCGAUGGACUGCAAAUGGCCUGUCAGGACAAGAACGAAUGCGACCCACCGGGCAUCUGCUCGCAAACGUGCACAAAUCUGGAAGGAUCCUACAUUUGCAAUUGUACCGAAGGUUAUGAACCGACCGGACUUCGGGGACAAUUAUGCCGUGCCAUUAAUACUACACAAGCAUUCUUGAUCAUUUCUAAUCGGCGAUCGCUGCUUACUGGAGACUUGGACUCGCAUUCUCUCAAGAGGAUUCCAGUCAACGUUGUUAACGUUGUUGCCGCCACCUCAGAUAUGCAUACACAGACGGUAUUUUGGUCAGAGAUGAGAGCGAAGAAGAUCAUGAGGCUAGACAAAGGAGAAUCAAAUGCCGUUGAGGUUAUUUCAAGUGGUCUAGAUGUGGUCGAAGGCUUGGUGUACGAUUGGGUUGCAGAAAACCUGUAUUGGCUUGAUUCGCAUCUGAUGAGAAUCGAGGUGGCGAAAGCAAACGGGGAGAACAGAAUGGUUCUAGUCAGUGAGCACGUCUCUAAACCUCGUGGCAUCGCUUUGGAUCCCACCAAAGAUGCUCGAAUUCUGUUUUGGACUGACUGGGGAGAUCAUCCGAGAAUCGAAAGAAUUGACAUGGAUGGCGAGCCGAGUAGUCGCAUGACAAUCAUUGAGAGCAAAAUCUCUUGGCCAAAUGGUCUCGCGAUUGACGUCCCGACGAAGCGAAUUUAUUUUGCUGACUCAAAAUUGGACUACAUUGACUUCUGCGACUAUCGAGGGAACCACCGACAGCAAAUCUUGGCCAACAGCCACUACCUCUUGCACCCGCAUUCCUUGGCUGUGUUUGAAGACAAGGUUUACUGGACAGACCGACAACUCAACCGCAUCCUGUCCACGCAUAAGUUCAGUGGGCGGAAUCCUGAGGUUGUCAGUCAUUUGGUGUCGCAGCCACUGAGUGUUCACGUGAGCCAUCCCGUGCUGCAACCUAAGGAUAAGAACCCGUGUGAUGGAAUCAAGUGUGAUCACCUGUGUUUGCUUUCUCCGAGAGAGCCGGGCUACACCUGCCGAUGUCACGCUGGCUUCAAGAAAAUUGGUACCACGGGCUGUGAACUUGAAAAUACUUCGUACCUCAUUGUGCUGCAAGAAAAUCAGAUCGUUGACGUGAACUUGUCUUCUACCGCUGACUCAAGCCGAACUGCAGGUCUGCUGUCACCUGUGGUUGGAGUCGAGCAGGGUUCGAGCAUUGAAUAUGACGACAAGAACCUAGUUCUUUACUGGGUUGAAGUCGAUGCGAGAGAUGAAGACAAUGGAACGAUCAUGUCCAUUCCAUUUUCGGGAGGCAAUAAAUCUGCGGUCCUCACAACCGGAGUUGUUGGAGCUCCACAUUCGAUAGCUUUCGACUGGAUCGGCCAAAAUAUGUACAUCGGGAAUCGCAAAGCGUCAACGAUUGAAAUAAUCAAAGUUGACGGAAAUGUCCACCACCACCGAGUGUUGCUCUCCAACAAUGGAAACACGACCGGUGUUGCUUUUCCGAAAUCCAUCGCAGUCGAUCCAUAUGCCGGGUAUUUGUUCUGGCUGGAUGAUGGAGGCUUUGCAGUGCCCACGAAACUAGGUCGCAUAGAAAUGGAUGGUUCAAACUCGGCAACGUUGAUAAGCGAAGGCAUUAACAAGCCCGAGUCUCUUACUCUGGAUCGGCAAAAUCGAACGAUUUACUUCAGCCAUGCGGGAGUGAUCGAGGUCUGCAAUUACGAAGGAAAAAGCCGUCGAACAAUCAUUCAGGCUGACAUAAAGAAGCCCCAGUCGAUCUUUUACUACGAUCAUAAACUUUAUGUUUUGGAUCCGCUGUAUGAAAUUAUAGCGAGGUACGAUCUAUCCACAACGACCCCGUCGAAUCAAGUUUACAUGAGGAGAAAUGCGGAGGAGCUCAAGACGCUUACUGUCUUUUACCAGCGUGAUCGUACGACCCAUCAUCGCUGCCUGAAGAACAAUGGUGGCUGUGAGCACUUCUGCGUUCCGACCGGCGAAAGCACUGGAACCUGCUUGUGUGCAACUGGAAACCAAAUGGAAAGCGGCAGUUCCUGCAGACCCUACAAAAGUUUUGCCGUUGUUUCAAUGUUGACCACUGCUCGCGGGUAUUCUCUGAAUGAUCACUCCGAAGCUAUGACUCCGAUUGCCGGUUUUGGCCACAACAUUCUGCACUUGGAUUUCCAUUACGAAAAGGAAUGGAUUUAUUGGGUUGACUUCAACAACUUCCAAUGGAACGGAAUUUACCGAAUUCGUCCCAACGGCACGGAAUUGCAGCCCGUGGUCGUGGAGAACAUUGGAACGAAUGGAAUUCGUGGUUUGGCCAUCGAUUGGGUUGCCGGGAAUAUGUAUUUCACCAACGUUUACCCGCAUGAAACCCACAUCGAGGUGUGCUGGCUGGAUGGCUCCUUCCGUCUUGUUUUGAAGUCAUCAACCACCGAAGCUCCUCGUCAAAUCGCUGUUAAUCCCGUCAAAAGAUACAUUUACUGGAUUGAUUAUGGACAGUAUCCAUCGAUUGGUCGAGCAAAUUUGGAUGGUUCAGAGUCGACAUCACUGAUCUCAACCGGAGUGACUGAGCCCCGGGAUCUAGUCAUCGAUAUCAACACUCACGAUGUUUACUGGAUCGAUUCGCGUGAAGAUUUAAUCCAAAAGAUGUCCUUCUCCGGAUCCAACAGAGACAUCGUUCGCCGGAACAUUCCCAGCGGCAUGGGUUUGGCAAUCCUUCAAAGCGAUGUUUACUGGGUGGAUCGAAACUUGGAGACCAUCUUUAAAGCGUCCAAGAUUCCAGGCAACAACUCUGUGCCUGUUGUGGUGCGGUCUGAGCUACCAAAGUUGAGAGAUAUCGCCUUAUUUGACGCCAUCAAUCAACCGCGAGACGAAAGCACGUGCUCGCGAUUAGGAAACGGAGGGUGUCGGCAAUUGUGCUUUUCGUUCCCUCCGUCGUCGACUGGAUCGCGAAGCUCGAAAAAGACGCACGAGUGUCGUUGUGCCAUCGGAGUUUUGAACCCGGAUGGAUCUUGUGAUCAUCCAAACGAAUACCUCGUGUUCACUACCCGGACUGAGCUGCGAUCCGUUUUUCUGGAUCCAUCUGUACCCAGUGCCCCAUUGGCGACGAUUGGCAACCUGACUAACGUUGUUGGCGUGGAUUUCGACUUCGCCAACUCGCGGUUGUUCUUCACGCAGAUCCGACCCAAAAGGCGUAUUGCUUGGCUUAGCACGAAGAAUCCCAGAAGUGGAAUCACAGAUAUUCUUACCGAGGGAAUCAAUCCUGAAGGCGUGGCUUACGAUUGGACUUCGGGCAAGAUUUAUUGGACCGAUUCGGCGAACAGCAGCAUUUAUUCGAUGAACGUUGAUGGAUCGCAUAUUGUCCCGAUUGUGGAAGUCGAUCGACCGAGAGCCAUCAUUCUCGAUCCUUGCAGCGGGCAAAUGUACUUCACUGACUGGGGUCGUUUCGGUACAACCGGGAAAAUCUAUCGCACUACAAUGGCUGGAACUCUGCGGAAAACCAUCAUUGAUGAAGAUCUGGCUCAGCCGAGUGGACUGGCACUUGAUUACGCGGACAAAAAACUCUAUUGGACGGAUGCCAUUAGAGAGAAAAUCGAGCGAUCGAACUUGGACGGCUCUGAUCGUCAAGUAAUUAUUUCGGCUACAAUUUAUCCGUUCGCUGUCACGGUCCAUGGGAACUAUAUCUACUGGACAGAUCUGCAACUGCGAGGCGUUUAUCGAGCCGAAAAAUAUUCGGGCGCAAAUGUGAUUGAGAUGGUGAAACGAUUGGAUGAUUCGCCGAGAGAUAUUCAUGUGUUUUCCGAGUCUCGUCAAAAUUGCACUUUGAAUCCGUGCACCAUCAACAACGGAGGCUGUCAGCAUUCUUGUCAUCCAGUCGGCAAUGGAACGGCUGAAUGUAAAUGUCCACCGGAAGAGAAGCUUGUGAAUGACAACAGGAUGUGUGUGCCUCAGAAUUUCACUUGCACUGAUUCUAAACUGACUUGUAAGAAUGGAAAAUGCAUAUCGCGUCUCUGGGCUUGCGACGGUGACGACGACUGUGGUGACAAUACCGACGAAGACGUGCUGUAUUGUGCUUACCACACUUGUCACGAGAAUGAAUUCAGGUGCAAGAAUGGACGAUGUGUUUUCAAGAGUUGGCAGUGCGACCACGAAGAUGACUGCGGCGACGGCACUGAUGAGAUGAACUGCGAAUAUCCAAAAUGUGCUGACGGAGAAUUCACUUGCGCCAACUUUCGAUGCAUUCCUAUGUCCCAGGUUUGCAACGGAGCUAACAACUGCAAGGACGAGAAGACUUCCGACGAGUCCCUGGAGCAGUGUCCAAAUAACACGACAUGUCCCGAAGGCCACUUCAAGUGUCGGACCACAAAUAUUUGUGUUGAGCCACAUUGGCAGUGCGAUGGAGACGACGACUGCGGUGACGGCUCUGACGAAGAACCCGAAAUUUGCUCACAACGCUCAUGUCCGAGCGAUUCCUUCAGGUGCAAUAAUCAUCGAUGCAUACCCGGAAGCUGGCACUGUGAUGGCGACGAUGAUUGUGGUGACGGUGCAGACGAACCAGAAGAUUAUUGUUCGUCUGAAUCGCGUACCUGCUUCGGAGAUUUAUACACUUGCGACAAUGGAAACUGCAUCCAAAGAAUGUACAUCUGUGACGGUGAUGACGAUUGUGCGGAUAACUCGGACGAAGACGAACGACAUCAAUGUGAGAGCCGAACGUGUGAUCCGGAGACCGAAUUCACCUGCGAGAAGAACAAAGCCCUUGGAAGACCUCAGUGCAUAUCUUUAUCGCAUGUUUGUGACGGUGAUGCGGAUUGCGUUGACGGAGCUGACGAGAACUCAUCUUUGCCUAACUGUCCAAAGCCAGAACCAUGCACUGCUGACCAGUUCCAGUGCGCCAAUGGAAGGUGCAUUUUCAAGCGAUGGCACUGUGACCACGCUGACGACUGUCUUGACGGCUCAGACGAAACCAAAAGCUGCUUUUACCGGAAAUGUAACGAGAGCGAGUUUGCCUGUGAGAAUUUCAAGUGCAUUCGGAAAAGCCAUCGUUGUGAUGGUGACAACGAUUGCGGAGACGGGAGCGAUGAAAGGAACUGUGAGGAUCUGAAACCUUCCUGUGGUAAGGAUCAGUUCACCUGCGCGAAUGGUUCCUGCAUCCCCAUGUCCCUGGUGUGCAACAAAGUUGUUGAUUGCCCCGGAGAAGAGGACAAACUAGUCUCGAGCGAUGAGCCAUUGCACUGCAACGUGAACGAGUGUGACAAGGUGGACUUGAAUCAAUGUGGGCAUAAAUGCAUUGAUACUCCGACAGGUUUUCAUUGCGAAUGCAACAAAGGAUACAAGCUGCUUAAAGAUGGGAAAGCCUGCGAGGAUAUCGACGAAUGCGUCGAGGAAGCUGGAGUUUGCUCACAGUUCUGCACCAACACCCCCGGAGGUUAUUUCUGCAAAUGCAACGACACUUAUUUCGAACGCGAUCCGAAUGAUCCCUCCGGUUGCAAGCGGUUGGACGAAAGUGAGGAGGCAUACUUGGUCUUCACCAACAAGUAUUACGUUCGGGCUUUGUCGCUCGACGGGAAGAACUAUUACCUCCUGCAGCAGGAUCUGAAGAACGUGGUUGCGAUUGACUUUGAUGUCCGUGAAGAAAUGUUGUACUUUGCUGAUGUCACGGCAAAGACGAUUUAUCGGGCCAAGUUCAACCGGACGCACCAGGCUGAGAGAGAGGCUAUUAUUCGACACGACAGUCACGGACUUGAAGGAAUUUCCGUGGACUGGGUGGGCCGAAAGCUUUACUGGCUCGACAGGUCGAGCAAAACGUUGGAAGUUGCAGAACUCAAUGGCACGAACAGACGUACGCUGAAGGUCGGUGGCGGAAUUUACGACCCACGUGCUGCAGCGGUGCACCCUGGUAUCGGUUGGCUCUUCUACACCGAUUGGCAAAUUCAUUCCUACAUCGGGCGAAUCGGCAUGGACGGGUCAAACUUCAGCAUGAUCUUGUCCCAAUCUGACAAGAUCAUUUGGCCCAAUGGGUUGACCAUUGAUUUCUUCAGCAAUAAGAUAUUUUGGGGCGAUGCUCACAUGGAUUACGUUGCGUUUGCCGACUUCGACGGAAAGAAUCGGAAGGAAAUCGCCAACGGGGCUGUUGUUCCGCACGUUUUCGCCAUGACAAUUUUCGACGACAAGAUGUAUUGGACGGACUGGAACAAGAAGGCUGUGCUUAGCGGACAUAAGUUCAGGCUCCAAAAUGAUUGGAAAAUUAUGAGGAACAUGACCCACCGUCCUUAUGAUAUUCAGGUGUACCACGCGUUACGACAGCUGAACUACACUAACCCUUGCGGCACGAACAACGGAGGUUGCUCUCAUUUAUGCCUCCUCUCGCCGAAGGCUGACAGCUCUGUUGGGUACAAAUGCGCGUGUCCGAAUCAGUUCUACCUCGCUCCAAAUGGCAAAGAAUGCAUCGCUAAUUGCACUUCCGAUCAGCAUCGGUGCAGCCACGGUGACGACCGGUGUAUCCCGCACUUCUGGAAGUGUGACGGAGAAAAGGAUUGUCACGAUGGCAGUGACGAGCCGGCAACGUGUCCGAAGCGAGUUUGCAAAUCGGGUCAGUUCCAGUGUGCGAAUACCAACUGUGUGGCUCCGACGCGAUUCUGCGACGGAACUGAUGACUGUGGAGACGGCAGCGACGAAAAGAACUGCGAUUCUGCCUGUCCCGAGCACCAGUUCAAGUGCUUGACUUCUGGAAGAUGCAUUCUGGAGGCUUGGAAAUGCGACGGUGAUGCCGACUGUGCCGAUGGCAGUGACGAGGAUCCUGCUAUUUGUCACGUUGAACCCUGUGACAAUUCAACGCAGUUUCAAUGCGACAAUGGAAAAUGCAUUCCCAAGUUGUGGCGUUGCGAUUACGAUAAUGACUGCGGCGAUGAUUCUGACGAACCCGCGCAUUACUGCAGGAAUCAACCGUGUCCCGUCGGGUGGAGUCGCUGUCCCGGUUGGAAUAAUUACAGAUGCAUUCCGACUUAUCUGUUUUGUGACGGGAAAGAUAAUUGCCGCGACGUCAGUGACGAGGAUCCAGAGCACUGCCCUAAAUGCAACCCGGAAACUGACUUCCAGUGCAAAAAUAAGCGAUGCGUACCGAAGCGGUCAACAUGUGAUUUCGCCAACGACUGCGGCGACAAUUCCGACGAGGACCGAGAAAUGUGCGAAGGCCAGCAUAGAGAAUGUUCCGAGUCUGAGUUCCGCUGCUCCAACAGCAAAUGCAUUCCGAAUCGUUGGAGGUGUGACCAUGAUAACGAUUGUGGUGACAACUCCGACGAAACUGACUGCCAGGACUGGAAGUGCAAGGAUACAGAAUUCCAAUGUGCCAGCGGGCAUUGUAUCAAGAAAGAGCUCCAUUGUGACGGUUCUAAGGAUUGCCGCGACCUUAGCGACGAAAUUGGAUGUCCGACUCGUUACCCAGAGGGUCGGUACUGCCCGAAAACCUCGUUCGAAUGCAACAACACGCUUUGUGUUCAACACUGGGCCGUCUGCAAUGGUCGCGACGACUGUGAGGAUGGUUCUGACGAAGCAGAGGAUCAAUGCCCGGAUGCGGUGAAGUGUGAUGGACCACACAGGUUCAAAUGCGAUAACGGUAAAUGCAUCAGAGGUUAUCACCUGUGCGACGGACACGAUAAUUGCGGCGAUGGCAGUGAUGAAAACGACCACGCUCGCUGUCAUCCGGUCCGAAAUCGUUGCUACCUCGGUGGCUUCAAGUGCUCCAAUGGGGAAUGCGUGUCCAUUGGGAAUGUUUGCGACCGAAAGGAUGACUGCGGGGACAAUUCUGACGAAAUCGGUUGCUUCACAAACCAACGGUGUCAGUCCGGCAAUGGAACUUCGCUAUGUAGCCAAUUCUGCUGGGAAUUGCCUUUCGGAGGAGUCACGUGUCACUGCGAAAACGGCUACAAGGUGGACCCGGAAAAUCCAAAGCUUUGCAUAGACGUGAACGAAUGCGCGGAUCUACGACACAACUGCUCGCAGGUGUGCACUAACACGAAGGGCUCAUAUGUAUGCUCUUGCCUGAGUGGCUACGACAAGGCAGCGGAGAAUUGCAUCGCGAAAGGAGAAACCCCUGCUAUCAUGUUCACCAAUGGACCGGAGAUACGCAGUCUAAUACAUAAAGAGCAGAAGUACGACGAUAUUUAUCGGGGCGCGGUGAAAAUCGAAGCUGUCGAUUUCGACCCCGUGAAGAACGUUGUUUAUUGGUCUGAUUCUUUCGAGAAGGCUAUCAAACGUUCUUUGAUCCCGCAGCGUGGCAAUGACGCUCGCGUCGGGUUUGCCCAGGACUUGAACUUCAAAGGUACGGCGAAGCCUGUUGGUCUGGCUGUCGAUUGGGUCGGAGAGAACCUGUACUGGACAGAAAUGCACAGGAGCAGCAACGCGAAUCGCGGUCGCGUGGUGGUCGCCAAGCUCGAUGGACGGUACCGUCGUAUCCUCAUUUACACUGGCCUGGAAGCCCCAACGUCUAUUGCAGUCGAUCCUGAACUGGGCAUCAUGUUCUGGUCUGAUGCGGGCCCUAUCCCGAAGAUCGAGACGUCAUGGAUGGACGGGAACAGGCGCAAGCCGCUCGUGACGUCGAAUGUGGGUUACCCUACUGGCCUGACGAUUGACUACGCGAUGGACCAUUCGGUGUUCUGGGCCGACGCUCAGUUCAACACCAUUGAGAUGAUGCGCAAAGACGGCACGGGCCGGAAGACGAUAAUAAGCGGCGACAAAAUGAAGCACCCAGUGUCACUGGAUGUGUUCCAGACGCAGCUAUACUGGGUUACUCGGGAAUCCGGCGAGAUGUACACGCAGGACAAAUUUGGCCGGGGUGUGCCAGUAUUAAUCAUGAGCGAUCUCGUCAAUCCUAGCAGCAUCAAGGUUGUCCAAACGCAGAAGUACAAUGUGUCGCUGCCAAAUCCUUGCGCUGCUCUGAAAUGUUCGCACAUCUGCCUGAUUGUGCCCCGCGGAGCGAAAUGUGCGUGUCCCGAUGGGGACUACAAGCCGAUUGUCUCAGAUGAACACCGUUGCGAAGCUCCGUCGGAGAGAGCAUUACCGGACCCGCCGGCGUGUCCUUGCGAAAAUGGAGGUUCUUGCACGAUGGAGGAAGACGGAACGCCGAAGUGCGUGUGUCCAGACUCGUUCAGCGGACCAGACUGUGGGGUUCACGUGGCCCGCAGCAAGCUCCUGCAGACCAACACGAGCAUUGCUGAGGCUGUCGCGAUUCCAAUAGUCAUCAUCCUUGUACUUGCUGUCACAGUCGGAGUAUACUUCGUCCUGAAGAAACGCAACUUUGGGAAAGCUGGACCAAAAUCCGGCUUGUCGUCGAGUGUUUCCUUCCGCAGCGGAAGCAAUGUCGAGUUCGGGCAUGGUGCUAACGACAUGGGCUCGGGCGAUGGACAGACGAUCACGUUGGGACCAACAGGAGCGGAAGCUGGCAAGAACUUCAGCAACCCGAUGUACGAGGAAAUCACGCACAUGGAGACUGAAGCCGGUGGCGGGUCGCUGUACCACACGGUGGACGACCUGUACCAGCCGCCGCCGGGAGCUGGCAAGGGCACCGCUGCUCCGGAUUUCCCCAAGACUGGAGCUGUGAUCAUGCCAUCGAGUGUUAUUCAGAAGUCCUCGCCUCAAGUCCUCAUCAAGCACAAGGAGCUGGACCCCUCUACCGUUGACACCGGCAAGGACACCCAGCAGCUGGUUGAGGAGGACGGAGGGUCCGAGUGCUGAUUUCCUUCCGUCCUUUCCCCGGUUUACCUGUCGCUCUCGCUUUGGUUCCUUCCACGAAUCUCCUAUAUUUAUCACACGUGCUUUGAUGUUCGCUGCCGCGCCGUUAUUUCCCGAAAGCGAGAAGGAAACAUUUUUGAUUCAACGGAGUGAUUGUCAUCUAGUUUUGUUUUUUUUAAACCGCUGGGAAAAAAAUGAAUAAAAUGGGAGUAUGUUGAGCGGCAGACUCAGUGCCUUUUCUGCGGUCGAAGUGCAACAUUUUGCGCCAGAUUUUUGGGAUCAGGAUAAAUUUUGCAGUUUCCGUGGAUCGCCAUGGAUUUCCGUAUUCUUCGGCGAGAGUUCGUAGCUUUGUCUUUAAGGCACAGGACUACUGUAGGUAAAAUAUUCUGUUGACUCGUCCGUAACGGAAGGAAAUUUUAAUCUAUCCUCAAGAAGAUGCGUUCAAAACGUGCGCAUUGCAGAUGAUACGAUAUUUUUUACAUUCCUGGAGAUAUUUUUUUUCCGUGGGUCACGAUUUCGUCCAGUUGAUUGGUGGUUUCUACCAUAUGUGAUGACAAAUUAUUCACGCGCAUUGACGCAAUCCCGGAGAAACGAGCUGAGCGUGAAAAAGUCAUUUUCCUGUUCUGAUCCUGUGCUUAUUUUUUUGUUUGUUUUUUCGCCGUGAUCUGCAUCACGAGAACUUUGGAUGUCCGUGGCGUGUUUUAGCGAAUGAUGCUGUCUUCCCGGCUCUCGACAUUUGUUUGUGACGGAAGUGUUGACCUGAGAAACCUUUAAGCGAGGACCCGUGAUUCGGGGCGAGUUUUGGCGGAGGCCUUUUUCGAAGCGGUCCGAUAUUUCUUGAAGUGGCCUCGUGGUGAUUAAACUGGAUCAUUUCAGAUGAUUCAUUAAUUUUGUUUCUUUUUCUUGUAUGUUUUAUAAUUUUUUUCGAGUUUGACCGGUUGCAGACGCUUUGGGAAUUUCUGGGAAGUGGUGUAGCGAUAUUUUUUUCAUUCGAUUAGAUGCAAAACGACGCUUAGGGCUCUUCCCAGUGCUGAGGGAUCAAGUUUUGCGUUUCAGGUCGGACGAUUUGGACGUGACUUGCCCCCGGGGAAGAUGGUUCUCGCUUUCGUUGGAUUGCUUAUAUUUUUUGGCGAUGUGACCGCGGAAAUGAGCUGCUGCUCUGCUUGAUGUUCAGCCGGCUGAGUACCCAUACGAUUAGGCCCGUUGGAUGCGUUCGAUGUGAGGUUUUUUUCCCCUCAAGUUUGGCGUUUGCGUUUCUGGUUGAUCAAGACCCGUGGUUAUGUAAUUUUUUGUUGUGUCCGCGAAGAAGGCAUUAUCGCGAUCAGUUUAUUGUGGAGCCCGCGAUGGAAGAAAGCACGACGAUUUGGGAUACCAGUGAGUCUCGUGGAAGUUGUCGGUUCAACCUGUCCCGCUUUCCGCAGUGCCAUCUCCCCGUUUCGUCUCGGUCCCUGGUGCGUUAAAUCUCCCGAUCUUCGGCUCCGUCUACAGUUUCCGUCCUACUGAGAAAAAGAAAAUACGGAGAAUUUCUUGUUUUUUUUUUUAUCAACCCACCAAAGGUCAUCAAGAAUUUGUGAACAUGUCUGUAAGAAUAAAGGUGUAAAUCUUUUUCUUAUUGCAUCACCAA